GGCUACGCCCCAGGUGCUGCGGCCUACCACCCAGGUGCCGCAGCCAACCCCGCAGGUGCCGCAGCCAACCCCGCAGGUGCCGCAGCCAACCCGGCAGGUGCCGCAGCCAACCCGGCAGGUGCCGCAGCCAACCCCGCAGCUGCCGCAGCCAACCCCGCAGGUGCCGCAACCAACCCCGCAGGUGCCACAGCCUACCCCCCAGGUGCCGCAGCCUACCCCUCGAGAGCCACGGGCACCCCGUAGGCAGCCCAGGCAGCAGGAACUUGAUGGUGCUGUGAUGACGGCUACUGCCGCAUACGUUCGCCAGAGCCAGUUGGAGGAAGCGAGAGUUCAAGAGGACACUCGCUUCCGCCAACAACUGCUGGAGCAAAACCGGCAGCACCACGAGGCCCACCUGCAGAGCCUGCGGCAGCACCACGAGGCCCACAUGGAGAGCCUGCGGCACCUCGGGGAGGAGGUGGCGGCAAUGCGGGAAGUGGAGUCUCAGCGCCUCGAAGUGCAGCGGCAACGCCUCGAAGUGGCGCGUCGGUCGCACGAGACCAACGAGCGCCUGCUUCAGCUGCUGCUGGCUGCACUGGGGCAUGGUGGCAGCCAAGCCCCUCCCCCCUCUCAGGCUCCACAUAAUUAACGGAUGCAAAGGUAGCAUAGGCAAGGAAUUUGCAACUUAUCUUAAAAUUUGCUGAUGUAUUAAUGAUAUGAAGGGCAAAUAUUGCUAGUUUGCAAACAAAUAAUUGCUGAAGUCACCCUUUAAUGCAACCAUAAGUAGCAUAGCCGUUGCAGCAUGAAUUUUUUCUUCAAGGUUUACUUCAGCCAUAAGAGCGUGCACACCAUCAGGCUCACCUGCAAAAGUGCCUGUAGGCCUGGUGUGUGCGGGCAUUCCGACUGUGGCGCUGCAAUUUUGAGGUGCCUAGUUAUUGUCAUGUCAAUUUAAGCACGACGCCACACUGCAAGUGUUAUACAAUUUAAUCCUUGUCAUCGAAUGGUGAAAUUUUCAGGCCUUACUAUAAUGUCGAAAGCAACCUGUCAAUAUACACAGCAAAAAAGAAAAAAGUUAUGAAAAUUCCUUGCCUAUGCUUCUUUUCAUUUGUAAUGUUUAUUUUGUGUUUGUUGCAUAUGCAUAUUUGUUUGUGUCACUACGUACUGAGCUGGAAUGUCUCUUUUCUUGCACAUCUGUCUCAUUAUCAAACAAUUUGUUGUCAUUCAGUAAUUUUUCAGGUUGUGAUACAUUGUAUUUUAGCCCUUGUGGUGCAAUUUGUGUGUAAUAUUUAUGCAGUUUGUCUUGCUGAAUAUCAUAAUAUGGUGCUAUGGCUCUUUCAGUUUGAGCGCCACAACAGCAUGUUCCUUUCACAUGUAGUUAUGUACCUAUACAUUUCGCUGUGAUAAAUAUUCGGUUGGCAUGUGAUUUAAGCACCUGCUCAUUUCUGUUUCUGGUGCAGUUUAAGCCAGUUGUUAUUACUGUGUACUUGUGCAGUGUACAACAGUUUUCUUAAACGAUGCAUGCCGUUACCUGUGAUAUAUUAUGAUGCAAGAACAAUGUGAUCCGAUAUUUAUUCCAACGUGUCUGUGAUAUGUUGCAUAAUGUCUCUACUACUGAGUACUCAUGAUUCUCACACUUCUUCAAUGUAGAGACUGUCGCAUGUGAUGUGUGCAUAAACAAGUGUAUGUUAAAGACUGAAAUACAGA